AUGGGGGACAGGGUGAGGCUGGUGGGGUUCGAAGGCUGCGUGGGCACCUGCGCUGGGGCGGCCGCCCUCGCGUCCGUGGCGCGCGACGCUGUCCUCCACAUCCACAUGGCGGCGCCCCUGGACCUCAGCGCCCUCGAGGGGACAUACAAGUGGCUCAGGGUGUACACGCGCCCCCUCCCGCCCCCUGGCUCCUCCUCCCCCACGUGGCCGCUGCCCCCCUCCCCCCCGCCAUGGCUGUACGUGGAGGGGGCGGAUGAGGGGUCCUGGGGGGCCGUGGCCCACACCAUCACCUCCUUCGCCCCCCCUGGCAAGAGGUUCUGGAGGCUGAGGCUGCGGGGCAGCAGGCUUCCUGCAGAGGAGCUGCCGCCGCUGCUGCGAGCGCUCCACGGGGCAGGAGUGAGGACGUGGGGCGGGGGCGACACGCGCGCCGAGGUUGACAUGUAUGGGUGGGAUUUUGACCUCCGCAUCACAGACGACAUGCCCUCGGGGGGACCAGCGGUGCCCAGUGACGCCGAACUGCAGGAGGCGUAUCAAGACUACCUGGGAGAAGACCCGGACUCCGAAUCCUCGGACGAGGAUUCGGACUACGACUAGGACGAGUGGACGAGGGACACUACCUGCGCUGGCGAGGACGAUAAUGGCAGAGCUGAGUCGCUCUCAUCGGUUGAGAGAGAGAAAGACGGAGAGAGAUAGAGAGAGACAGAGCUAGAGACAGAGAGAGAGAAUCCAUUCCAGAAAAUCCAUUCUGCACUUCAGAAUGGACUUGCAAACUACAGGGUAUGUUCUUUCAUGAAUUAGAUUACAUUUAGCGGAAUAUCCGAGAGUGUUAAUUUGAAACUGAUUGGUGCAGUUAGGUUUACGACGUUCUAUUAUCAGAGAAACUGUCAAUCUUCGACGCAAGGAUCGCCAUCUUUUGGCCCGUGCAUAAUCGUCUUGAAUAUUUGUGUGAUCUAGCAGGAAAAAUCUUGCGAAAACGUUCAGAAGUUUAAUAUUUAACAACAAUUGGCCAAUUAUGCUGAUGGAAAUUUUUCGUAAUAUAUGAGAAAGAACAAAAUUCAAAUGCCGUUAAAUAAAGUUGCGAAAUUGAUGACAACUGCCAGGCAUUACUGUUGUGUAGAUCGGAAGUUAGGAACAAACUGUACUUUCCUUCAAACAUUGCGUCGGACAAAGAACCUAUACUUUGCUUUGAGGGUGGAAAUAAGAUCACAGCUUUCAUAACUGUAGCAUUAAAACUAGUAAUGCUGAUGUCAGUUCUUCUCAUUCGCCUGCAGAUCAAAGCAAGCCUAAUAUUUGUUUGCGAUGGAACAAACCUGCUUAGCUUAGUUCAUGAUGAUCUAGAUUUGCUGCUAGUAGAGCUGAUUCAAGUGCGAACUUCAUUUCCAAACCAAUGAAGCUGUCAAUCGUCCUUCAUGAAUUAAUUCUUUGAUAAAGCGCAACUCGAAGAUUAGAGUAGAUCAAUCGUUGCCGUAACUUUUGUCUUUGUAAGUGGAAUGAAGUCAAAAUUUCGCGAGGUACGAAUGCUACCUGCACUGUCCUUGCGAGGAAACCAUUUAAUUAUUGUGACAGCAAACAGAAUGGCUGGCAAGAAUCUAUGUCUUAAAUUAGCUGAUAACCGUACAAUAAGUGCUCCUAAACCUCGUGUCAAUAUUCGGACUAUGUAUUUUCCUAGGGGUAACAUGCAGAUGCUGCUGCAUUUCUGAGCUACUUUUUGAAGUUUUUAAUAGAAAUAUUGCUGGUGUCACAAGUGCAUUUAUGAACCAACUAAACUGUUCAGAAUCGAUGAGCUGUUCAAACUGGGAGUUAGAAACGUUUUGAAUCUGAUGCGUGAACUUCACCACACUUUAUUGGAAAUAAUUUUUUGUUCGAUUUAACAACAAUAAAUACCAAAGACUGUGCUUUUCAGCGACGAUCCAAAAAUAUAGAAGUAUUUCAACAUGUAGAUGCUAACUCAACAAACUAGCCCAAAUUUUCAUUAGAAAACGAUGUGUUGAUUAGACAGCAUAUGAAAUGGAGUCUGCGCUGAAAAUUUUUAAAUAAAUCGUGUUGCCUUCAGAAAUGAGGCAUAAAGCAUUGAAAUUAGCACAUGACUGCAUUACCGCUGGACACUUGGGCGUUCAGAUAACGAAGAAUAGAGUAAUAUAUAUGGAGCAUUUUUUGGGUGUGGUUGUUUGCAUGUAGUCGUCCUUCUAAAUUACCAUUGAUUGAAGUGUCUGUACUAGAAAGUUUAAGGUUGGGAACUGUUUUCUUUACCGCUUCCUACAAGCGCCAGUAAUGUUGGCAUAACGUAAGGGGCUUUGAAGUAGUGAGACGGACCGAUAAGGUUGAUUAUGUCAUUAGAGUUAAUGAUUCCGAACAAACAUAUCAUGUCAACAAGUUGAAGAUAUCCAGGGAGCGCUGAGCCUGACUCAAACUAAUCUUUGCUGCGUGUUGCUUCCGUAGCGCUGAGAACGUGCCUAGUGAUUUUAAGGUCGGGAAAGAUUUGAGUGCUUCUGAUUUUCAAUUUAUUUCUUAAGGUGUUGAAAGAUAACAAAAACUGUUUCAAGGAUGCGCCAGGGAGAUUUAGUUUUAUAAAUUAUGUAUGCAAUAUUUAUUCCUGAGCCUGUAAAACUGUCAGAAGUGUUGAUGCUGAGAUCAAGAAAAUGAUAGAUACGGAAUUGUCAAGAAAUGAACCCGUCAGUGGGCAUCGCCUGCAUGUGGUGAUCGUUCAAAAUUGUGAUGUUUUGUUAGCAAUCGUUUGACCAUCGAUUUUUUGAAAAGUCAAUAAUUUUCUCAAAACAGAUGAAUUUUGAAAUGCCGAAUGUUGAAAUUGUGAUUAAUUAGAAGCAAAAAAAGUAAGUGCAUUGAAAAGCUGGGCUCAACUUAAGCAUUUCUAUAAUUGCCUUGGAUUGAACACUCAAUUAAUUUUAUACAUCCUUUGGUUUUUAUAAUGUUCAAUACGAAUUCAAUGUGCCUUUUGGUAGAAAAUGUAUGGAUUUAUUUAUAAUACUUAUGAUUAUUUGAUCUUAAUUUACUGAUUUGUAUUUGUGUCUUGAUGUGUUGCAACUUUCAUUUAUUAGCGUUACGUUGUUAUCCCUGUAGUUAUAAGAGCGGAGUGAGCCUCUUGUUGCUCACGUCUUCCGCCAGGGCGUUUCUCGCCACCAAAAUUACUUGAGGGAAUAAUUAGACUUUCUGUUUUGUGUGGGAUUUACCAGACCGCAUUUGUGUUAUAUACGGCAUUGAUUAUUCUAAUAAACGCGUGAUUAAAUUUGC